AUGGAGAAGCUUGAGGCUGCCAAGGCAUCCUUCCAACCUCCUGGCCGAGCGCAAAAGCAUCGCCACAGGUUUACACCUGGCUGUACCGUGCCAUGUGAAGCUGAAGCUUCUGCAGCUGAAGCGGUGCGCAAGGCGUGCCGAUCGGUGGGAACCUUGCAAGAGGCGUUCCAGAAGUUCGCGGAAGAAGCGGGCACCUUGGCGCAGGCGCUGGAGCUGGUCGCUGACAAGCUCCGGCUGCUCUGCGUCACGGAGGGUCCGGUGGCCCAAGCCCUGGCCGAGAACCCGGGCGCCCAGGAGCGGCUGCUGGCCGCGCUGGUGGCUCGCCUGGAAGGCUUCCGCGCGGAGGGCCUCGCCUUGCACUCCAGGUUUGAGAAGCAGCAGGGGUCUUUGCUGAAGCAAAGCCAAGCUGCCUUGCGGCUUUGGCAGAAUCGCCGUCAGGUUGGAGCAGCCGGAGCUUUUCGCGCGGGAGGAGCGAUGGAAGCUGCGGAGAAAAUCCAUGAGAUCAUUUCCAGUGGCCUUGUGGAAAGAGGGCUUGCUCAGUUGCCGCUAUCUGCCGAGCGUUCGGACAAAGUUGCCAGCUACACCGACGACCCUUGA